AUGGCAAAAAGGGCAAACCCAAUAUUGCAACUUACAGAAUUUUAUAGUAAAGUGUAUGUUGCUAGAAGCGUAAUAUUUAUUACCGACAAAGCAAGUAAAGAAGAAAUUAGCUUAUCAAAGAGUGACAUAUUUUCUCGUAACCUAGCAAUGAUAUUAGCAAGAGACAGUAAAGUAGUAGCGGUUAACAUGAAAAUUUUACCCAGCAAGUGUAGAAUUUACAUUUCAAAGAACGGACUCAUGAAAAAUUUAUCUAAAAAUGCUCUCAUGACAUUUGAACAAGCAACUAAAAGAAAGGAUAUGUCUACUUUAUUUUUUAAUGUAUUUGAGUACUGUUCUGUUAAGUUUAGACAUAGAUUAGAUAAACUUAAAAGAGAUAUAAAGGAUAAUAAUGACGAGCCACAUAUUAAAUCUUUCCUAGAAUUCCUAGAAUCUUCUGAGAUUAACAUUCCUAGGACACAUCAAAAAAGUGGGAUCCAUUCUGCAUCUGUGAUGGAUAUUGUUAAUUGUGCACGUAAAGAAAAGUAUAAAACAUCAUUUUCUUGUAUAGACUUGCAUUUAUCAGAUCCUAUUUCUGGCAAACAAACCAUAUCUCCAUGCAAGAAACAUAAUGAAUUUAUAGCAGUAUUCAAGAAAUGUUUUUACUUAUGUGAAUCAUACAUCAAAUUUUUACAAUCCAAAGGAUAUAAAAUUACCAUUUCUGAGGGACAUAGGGGACAUAAGAAGUUGUAUUACAAAUGGAAACUUCCAGAUGCUUACAGUAGUGAAUUCGUGAAAAAUGUUCUCUGUGACCUUAAUCAGAUCAUAGAGAGUGGAAUAGAUCAACAUACUAAAACAUUUGCUAAAUCUAAUAAUGAUGGAGAUAGUACUGAUUCUGAUAAUCCAAAAUGA